AAAAAGGGUAACUCCAGAACUUCCGGUGCAGACUGAAUGUUGGUAGAAUAUGAAGACCCGAUAUUUUGUUUUUGUUUACAUGUCUUUGUGGGCAUGCAGUCAUACUUCAACGUCCGAUGUGACAUCAGAUGUCUUUGGGAAUUUCAACAAAGGGAUUGUUGCAGCUUUUGGGGACUUCAACGCAGACAAACUAACAGAUAUUUUUGUCUUGACAAACGAUGGAAAAACAAUUUAUUUAUUGCAAGCAAAGCAGGAACUUACUGAAAAGAAGGCAAGCUUCUCUAGUAAGAAGCUAAUGGAAAGCAACACUAGUGCCAUAGCUAGCAUAGCACCUGGAGACUUUGAUGGAGAUGCCCAGAUGGAUCUGCUGCUGUUGAGAAAGACUGAAUCCAAUCACAUUUCAGCUGAAAUCCAUUGGGGCAUUAGUGGGACUAAUGCAUUGGAUAAGAAGGCUUUAAUUUUGAAUGAAACUUUGAAAGAUCAACCAUCUAUUAUUGAUGCCAAUGGAGAUAUGAUUCCUGACCUUGUAGGAGAAACAUAUACAGGAUCAAGAGUCUUCUUUGUAUUCAGUACAAACAGGACUUACCAUACUUUGGAAGUCAGAAAUUCAACGUCUUCCAAUUCCCUUGAUCCUUUAAGAGUUCCUCAAUCAUCAGCUUUUGUUGACUUUAAUGGGGACCUUGUUCCAGAUCUGUGUUUGGUGUCCGAAAAAGACAAACGGAUAGCGUUUGAGAUAUGGACUGCCAAGAAUGGAAUAUUUGAAUGGAACAAGACUAUUGCUUCACCAGCAGAGCUCAUAGUCUCAGGCCGUGCUUCAUUCUAUGACCUGAAUGAUAACCAAGAAAUUAAUAUUAUCCUGCCUGGAUGCAUUGAUGUUAAUUGUGAGCAGAGUGCCAUUUUUGUCUGGGGUCGUGGAAAUUGGACUCGGAUAAUGGAUUUCAAGGAUUGGAAUUUCUUUACUGAAUCUCUUCCACUGUCCUGGUUAGAAGUCCCCAUGGCACUGCGUUUUGGUGACUACAAUCUAGAUGGAUUCCCAGAUGCUGUCACAGUUUUAAAGUCAUCUAGAAACAACAGCUAUGCGGCUUUCCUGCUACUCAACACCCCAUGCAGUUCAUGUGAAGGAUUCUCUAGAACAUUCCAGAUCAACUUUGACCAGCCUCUGUCUCCAGAGUCACAGCAUCCACUGCUCUGUGCCUUCUAUGACUUUAUGGAAGAUGGUAUUCUAGACAUUGUGUUGACUGUUUACACAGACGGUGAGCCAAAGCUUCUUGCUCUUGAGCAAGACUUUACGGCUGAUGCUUACUUCCUCAAGGUCAUGGUUGUUAGUGGGCGCUGCCUUGACAACUGUCCUAAUGAUCAUCAGCCCUAUGGUGUCAACCAAGUGGGUCCAGUGAUUCGGUUUAAGACAACCACUUCUACCGGGGCCUAUGAAAUUGGUGUCUCUUCCCAGUUAUCUCAAUCCGCAUACUUUUCACUGCAACUUCCAUUUGAAGUUUUUGGGCUGGGCCAGACCCCAAACUUUGUUGAUCUGCUUGAAGUUGGUAUCCAGAAUCCACCCAAAUCAGAGAAACGACAGAGGUCAUGGACAUCAAUUAUCCCGAACUCACAGGUGGUGGUGGUUCCCUACCCAACUGAUUCACCUUCUAGUUGGAGAAGCAAGCUUUAUGUGACACCAAGUCGUCUUGUGCUCCUGACUGGCAUCUCACUGUUGGGUACCUGUGCUCUCAUAGGCAUUAUCACUGGCCUACUGCACUGGCGUGAAAGGGUAGAGGAUAAAAGGGAGAAGCUGCAAGAAGCUCAACGCUUCCACUUUGAUGCCAUGUAGGUGGGUGGCCAAUUCUUGUGACUAUCAGGAACGAUGAGAACAGUUGUAUAAACUUUGCUCAGUGGCAGAAGAGAGGAGUUGACCUAAGUGCUAGAUACAAGCUCUUUCUGUGCUCUUCACUUAGAAUGUGCAUUCCUUAUAUAAAUGUGUUUACUGCUGUCCUGGGUUGAGAAUGCAUUCUUACAAUAUAAAAAUAAUUGCCAUAGUUACCCUAUUUAUUAUUGUUACAUUUGACACAAAUGAAGUACAUCUACAUUACAAGCUGUGAUGCUGCAAGUUCUCUUCUCUACGAGCUAUAUCUUUGCUCACUCUUUACUGUCCUUUCCGUUAUAGAACUGGUAAACGAUCUCCACCAAAGCAGCUAGAGUGUAGUUAACUAAUUUAUUUACUCUGACAUUUUUCAUGAGUUUGCUUCAUUUUUGAACUGCAGCACUGAUAUCCAUUAAAUGUAUUCAUUAACAUACUAAUAAGUUUAUGCAAAAGGAGUGAGUGGAGCAGGUUGUUUUCAUUGUAAAAAUUUAUUUUGAAAUGUGGGAGAAACGAUCUGCAUAAAAACUCUUUUUCCUUUUGCAAUUGCUUCAUUUUUCUUGCCAUCUCAUGGCUAACUUCAAUCGCCAGAUUUUUUUCACUUCCGUCACUAAAAGGAUGAAGAAUAUGUAAUCACAAUAUUUUUUCUUAUCAAAAACUGGUGUUUCCCUCAAACUCAUGUGGAAUGGAUGUGUGUGGAUGAACUUCAGAAUGGGUUAAAGGACAUUUGAAACCUUGUAGUGUGUAAGUGUUGGCUGAUACCCUCAUGCAUAUUCCUUUUGCUUACAUUUUGGCUGUGAACAAAGAAAUAAAGUUUUGAUUAAAUAUUAA